GCUGCACAAGUCACAGAGCGCCUCCAACGGGGCUAUUAAACUUAACAGGUACAGGGUCAUUUCCCCUGUUCUUUUAAAAUUAAAAUUUAAUUAAAUCUUAGAAUCUGGACUUUAGGGAAGGAAUCUAGAAAAGUAACCGUAACUGAAUUGGAAAGGGAUGGUAGGAGGACAGACAAAUAAGAAGGGGAAGCCUUUGGUUGCAUAAGGAGAGCUGCAGACAGGAGGGCGGGGGAACCUUGAACUGGACAUUGAAGAAUUGUGCAACUACAGACCCAUUAUGGCAGCAGCCUUCACCGAGAAAGACUCCUAUGCUCAGCAUUUUGACCCAAAAGAAUACCUGGAAAUGUAUUUUUCUUUUCAUCCUGAGAAAGAAGAAGAAACUGCCCUUAUAGUUUUUGCUCUCAAAAAUCUUCACAAGGCAUUCCGUUCAAGUGGCAUUAAAGGAGACACCCUGAUUGAUAUUGGAAGCGGACCCACCAUCUACCAGUUCCUCUCUGCCUGCGAGUCCUUCCGAGAGAUCAUCGCCACAGAUUAUACUGACCAGAACCGGGAGGAGAUGCAGUGGUGGCUGAGGAAGGAGCCGGGAGCUUUCGACUGGAGCCCAGUAGUGAAGUAUGUCUGCGAGCUGGAAGAGGACAGAGAAAAGUGGGUCCAAAAAGAAGAGAGGGUCCGAAAAGCCAUCAAGCGAGUCCUGAAGUGUGACGUGACCCAGCCCAACCCUUUGGCCCCUCUGUCUCUCUCUCCUGCCGACUGCAUACUCUCCACAUUGUGCCUGGAAGGGGCUUGCAAAGACUUGCCCACCUACCACUCUGCCCUGAAGAACAUCAGCUCCCUCGUAAAACCUGGGGGGCAUCUAAUCUUAUUUGUCGUCCUGGAAGAAGCUUUCUACAUGGUUGGCCAACGCCAGUUCUCUUGCCUCUACUUGGAUCAGAAAUGUGUAGAGGAAGCCGUGAAAGAGGCUGGCUUUGAUAUUGAGUGGGUGGAGGGGACCAAGUUGAACUUUCCAACAUCUUUGUUUGAUGCUAAGGGGGCGUGUGUGCUGGUUGCCAGGAAACGCUGAAGCAGGUGUGGUGGCAGUGGUAAAAGGCUAGACUAGCCCAAGUUCUGGUUUCCCUUUUUAUCAUUAUGCUUACACAAUCCUCCCUUCCUUAACAGGGAAGAAGUUCCUGGACCAGCACUGUAGCUCCUGCCUUUGGAAGGGAGAGCGCUUGAUGCUUAUGGAGUCUUUGUAAAGUUGGCUUAAGUGGAGGCCAAGAGACACUUUUGCUGGUUAGCAGAACUUCCUCCCCAUAUAUCCUUAGAAGAAGACAGGGUAGUCCCCUCUGGCUUGGGUUUUGUAUUUUUCACUUUUGUAUGGCCUCUUUCUUGUAUGAAAUCUGUUUGUGGAUAUUUUCACGCUGCUUUUUUUUAUUCUAGCUUGUUUUUAAUGGCUUCUUUUAUUUUAAUAUUCAUAAUUUGUAAUGAUUUUCUGUGAUUAUUUUUACUAGCUUGCUGUCUCAAGCAGGAUUAAUCUAGAGAGGCAGCGUAAACAUUUCCUAAAUAAACAACU